UCCCGGAAAGAUGUUCUGUCAACAGGAACGGUGUUUUAUCAACUUUCAUGCCAGAAGCUUGUUAAAUUUUAAAGAGGUUAUGAAGUUUGAGAAUCGUCACAAAAGUUAUCAAACUUUUUGGACGAUGCUUAUUAAUCGGAGGCAUACAGUAUAUGCAAACAAAUAUAAUUAGAAGACGAUAUUUUACUUAAGCCGAUAUUAUAUCACGUUUUAAUUGUGACACUUAUCAAAAUGGCAAUACAAGAAGAAGGGAAGACGUGGGUACUGGAAUUAGAAGCAGCGUUGCUUGAUACGGAAGCUCCUUCUGCGUCUGACAUAUAUGCAAUUUGUAAAGGUCAGGCAGUUCCUGAAGAUCUAAGACCAGAUGUUUGGCAAGCGUGUUUGGAUGUUGUCGAUCGAGGUAAUCAACUAAGUCAGUUCAAUGAAGUCUUUGAUUUGCCAGAACAAAAUGUUAUACGAGAUGAUUGUCAAGAAUUUGUUGCAAAACUUGGAAAUGACGACGAAGAUAAAGUAUUUGUUGUUUCUGACUUGGAAUCAAUUAUAACAUAUUAUUGUAAAACUAAGGGAGGACAAUAUGAAAGAGGAAAUGGUUGGUUAGAAUUACUAGGUCCAUUGGUAGCUUUAAAAUUACCACGUUCUGCGACAUAUAAUUUAUUUGAAGCAAUAAAAGAACUAUAUAUUCCAAGAGGUGAAAUAUAUAGUUCUGUAUUACGACUUUUAUUGUUAUAUCAUGAGCCAGAAUUGUGUUCUUUUUUGGAUACAAAAAGGGUAUCGCCUGAUCAGUACACAAAAGGUUGGGUGAAUACUUUAUUUGCUGGUGUAUGUUCCUUACCAGCAGUGUGUACAAUGUGGGAUUUAUAUUUUAUGCAAGCUGAUCCUUUUUUCAUGUUGUUUCUUUCUCUUAUAAUGGUAAUAAAUGCAAGAGAACAAAUAUUAAGCAUGAAAGAUGAUGAUAAACAAAGUAUAAUAGAUGCCAUAUCAAUGAUGCCAUGUGCUUUGGAGGCUGAAGAUGUAACAGAUUUUUGUUCAUUAGCACAAUAUUACGCAAUGAAAACACCAUCGUCCUUUAAACAUGACCUGUACCCUGUAAUGUUUGGUGAUAAUUAUGAAAAUAAAUUGAUAUCACACGCUUUAUGUUUACCAGUAUCGGCACAAGAAUUAGUAGAAAAUGCAAUUGAAACUUCGUCCAUGUCUAAUAAUUCUGUUGAAUCGGUUAGAUUUUUUUUAGUGGACUGUCGACCUGCAGAACAGUAUAAUGCAGGGCAUUUGCCAACUGCAUUUCAUUUGGAUUGUAACUUGAUGCUUCAAGAACCAUCUGCAUUUGCUACUGCGGUACAAGGAUUAUUACAAGCACAACGUCAAGCAUUAGCCGUUGGUUCACACGCAGGAGGAGAACAUCUUUGCUUUUUAGGUAGUGGUAGACAAGAGGAAGAUCGAUAUACACAUAUGGUAGUGGCUUCUUUUUUGCAAAAACACACUCAAUAUGUGAGUAUGGUUACUUCAGGAUAUCAAGCAAUACAUGAGUAUUUUGGAGAUGAAGUGGUUUCCAGUUUGGUCGAUCAUAAUUCACAACACUGUUUAGUAUGUAAUGCCAACAUGUCUGAGACUAAUUCAAACGAAGCCAGUCCAGAUAAAACAAAAAAUAAUAAUACUGAUCUUUUUGGUAAGAUUGGUAUGGUAAUGAGAUUAAAGAGUCAAAAAGUGAAAGGGAAACUUUUCGAUUAUAUUGUUAAUCCUUCUGCAAGUGUUAAUAGCAAUAUGGAUAUAAAGGGUAAUAAAGAUUUAGAAUACAUUAGACGAUCAAGAAAAACAGCACCCGUUUUUAGUAUAGAUGAUGAUCAAGAAUUAGAUAUGACAAUGACCAAUAACGAAAGCGAGGAACCUAUUGAAGUUGUAUCUAUCCAACAAUGGAUGAAAGAUCCUAAAUUAUUACAUUCCUUCAAAUGUCAAGAAGUCAAAGUUAAUGGAGACCUUUGUGAUAGUUUAUUGUUAAUUACCGAUAGCCAUCUCAUUGUACUCCGUGAGAUACAAGAACGUAAGGGUGCAGCACACGUAAUCGUUAAACGUCCUUUAACUAGUAUUGUUAAAAUAACAUCUAGAAAACGACAUUCAGACCUAAUCACUUUCAAAUAUGGUACUACACAAUAUAAUGAUACAGUGAUUUCUGAUAUGGAUAAAUUUCUUAUACCUAAUGCGAGCGAAGCAACUAAAUUAAUCACACAACAAAUUCUAAAACAAUUGAAAACAUCUAACUAAUGUAAGUUCUAGAUGAGUACAAUAAUUGAAUUAUAGUACAUUACUUUAAUUACAGAAGGAAUUCAUUUGAAUAUAUUUAAAGUUUUUAAUUUAUCUUAUAUGAAUAUAAAACAUGAAUGUUUAUCUGCUUCAUACAGUAUAUAUUUAUUUUAAUAGUUAACAUAAUAAAGUUCAUAAGGUACUACAACGUCGGUAGGCCACGAUAACAUUUAUAAUUAAUGAUGACGAAAUAACAUAAUUUCUUUUGCUAAAUUCAUAUUUCAUACAUAAAAACAUAAAAGUCUAGAUUUUUAUUCUAUCAUAGAAUAGUUUAAAACAUGUGUUGUGAGCUAAUGGCCCGAGUCUAGUCAAAAAUUCGUCGUGUUGUACAUUAUGCGGAGAACUUAAGUUUUUAUUUCUAAUAAAUCAUCGUAAAUGAGACAUAAGAAAAUAUGUCCAUAUAAUAUAUAUGAGUCCAUAUAAUGUGAAAUGAUUGAUUAUAACAUUCAAUGACUUUCAUAUAAACACAUCUUGCCUUUAAUAAUGUUAAUACAUAUACAUAAUACAUACAUUUAUAUUUAACGUAUGCUAUAUAGAAAAACAUAUUUCAUUUCAUUUCUUGGAAAAUUUUAUAAACUGGCUGUGAUAGAAACUAUGGUUCUAUUAAUAGAUUUUAGCAAGUUUCCAAUGCAUAAUGUACAUACAAGACUGAGGGCUUAAUAUAUUUUAAAAAGUCGAAGAACCGUAUAAUCGAAUCGCAAAUUUAAUUAAUUUCUGAAAUUUGUAAACAACAUAAUUAUCGUGGUAUAAAUACAAAUGUAUGAAAUUUUGUUUA